UACAUACGCUGCGGGACGCAGCAGCAGACGCGCGGCGUUCAUUUCGCGCUCACGACGACGACGUACAAUUCCACCUCCCGCUUUAUAUUUUUAGAUUUUACCGGCUAAAUUUUCGCCACUGUGCAGUGUUUAUUUUUUUGUGCUGUGAUUUCCAGGGCGCCUCCGCUGAUGAGAUUUCGGAAUUUUCUUCAGGAAUCUUCACCAAUGAAGACAAUGUGAAGGAAAGCGAAGAUUCGCCGUCGAAACAAUGUGAUACCGAGGAAAUUGUUAUCGUCCAUGUGUUUAUGUGAUAUGUCUUAAUAUAAUAGUUGUGUGUUGUGCCGGCCAAACGAAACGAAAGAAAAAUGCUGUCCUACAUGCUGCCGAUGGACGAAAAGCCUCCACCGGUGCCCAUUAAGGGCGGCAUGCAAUUAACCUUAGGUUCCGAGCACAUGGCGAAUGGACGGACUACCACUUCGACGCCGAUUAGUAAAGACACGAGCAUGAGUAGCUUCAUUAGUGACGUCACGACGGCUACGGCCAGCCAUAGCUCUAUGACAAGUUCUAGUGAUAAAUCGAAACCGAAAAUCGCGGUGAACGGCACUAAGCAUCAGACGCUGAAGCGAGUAUCGUUCGGGAGUUCGAAGGGAUCAAUGGUGGAGACGUUAAUUUACGAAAGUCCGCUGCAGGAGGAACCGGAACCUAGUCCAAUUGCCGAGCAUCCCGCGACAACGUUUCCCGACAGUUUAGACCAGUCCGAAACUGAAAGAGAAAAGGUACGGGUAUCGUUUUUCCAGCAGUCGAAACCGCAAGAGGUCGAUUUACCGGAUGAACCAAUUAUUUUCACACAUAGCGAGUUGAUGAUGGCCGCACCGGUACUGAACGACUCCAAUCACGUCGUGUACAUUAGGCAAGAAAGCACGGAAAGCGGCUGGGAUAACCCGUUUCGACCGGGCGGCGAUCUAAGUCGCGAGGCCGACGAAAUCGUCGAGCUGAUCAAGGGCGGCAAGCCGAUAACGCCGACGUCCGGCGGACCGCCGUCCCCGAUCCUGCACGAUCACACCGACUCGUCGUUCGCGAACAACAUAGCGCACGAGCCGAUCACCGAGUCGCCGAAGAAGGCGACGGUCCUCAACGCGACGCCGAAAAGUGCGAACGGUAACGUGAAGAAUGACAAGGUCUCAUCGCCCGGUGCUGUGGACGUACAAAGGGGAACUCUAAUACCCGCGGGGGACGCGUCUCAGGUUGAACAUGUCGUCAUAAAAAAGAAACCAAAGUGCGAGUGCUGUGUGAUACAAUAAUUCAUGGAGACUUGUUAGUCAAUAGACUUGUUAAUGUUGUGUAUUUUAUAAGAAUGAUAUGGGAGAUACUACUACUCUACCUACCUGUGCUGCUUUCCUGCGCGAUUUUCAUUUCGGUAGCAGGCCCGACGGUGGUUGUUAGUGCUUUUCGCUCUUUCCAUUCUUUCUAAACUUCUAAGAAAGAGAAAAUUAAGCUUAGUAACAACUGCGUGUUUUUAUUAAUGAUAACGAUUUUUCUCUUGAAUCAUACUGUGAUUUUUUUGUAAAAAUAUGUAAGCAAUAUGGUCUGCCCGCACUUUUUUGCUUUGUAUGCUUUUUUUAGAUCUCAUGUAUUGUACACACAGACGCCUACAUAAAUUUGUAUUUUUUUAUGGAUAAUAAGCCCCAAAUUAUAUUUGUAAACAGUGAUGAUGAAUAAAAGCGAAAUGAAGAAAGCAAUAUGUGCUAGGGACUGAUUGAACAUUUUAUUUUUGUUAUAUGUAAUGUAGUUACAUACUAUGUUGUACAUAAGUUGAAAAAGUCCAUUAAAUGUAUGGGAGUCGAUUUAUUUUUAUUAUUUCACCAAAUCAUUCAUUUUUGGAGGAAAAUACACUUAACGGACUUUGAAAUACAUGCAUAAUGCCUUUUUUAGUUUCGAACAUAAUGUGAUUGAAGACCGCAUUUAAAGGUUUCAAAUGUGAUUUGCG